AAGCGUGCCAAGUAUUAUAGUAGGAGGAGUUGCGCAGCUAGCGUCAUUCCGCGCCCGACCGCCGACCGCGUCGCACGCGCCAUGCUCGAUUACGCGCGCCCGUACGACCCCGCCAUGUGCGACCUGUACCUCGCACCCGCCGCGCCCCCCGCGCCCGCGCGCCUCGACGACUUCAAACAAGUCUUCAACAAGGGCCCCGCCUCCUACAUCUACGGAAACUACUACACCACCCCUCCGUACGACGUAUACGCAGAAGAAGACCCUUCGACAAACGUUUACCACAAUCUCGUCAGCACCCGCGAGUACCCGCGCGAUGAGUGGAAAUACAAAUUCGUUGUCGACUGGAACGAGGACGACACAAUAUCCUGGAUCAUCGACACCGCUAUAGCUAUGGGCUUCAGUGAAUACGACAUACCGUGGUACAACUUCAAAAUCCUCGGUCACGAGUUGCGAAUUAUUAAGAAGGAUGAGAUGAUGCAGAGACUCGCACAUCCCAGCGUCGAUCCUAAUAUCACAGCCAGAAUAGCCAGUGGAUUGUUUGAUAAACUACAGAGCCGUAUAAACGAGGAAUUGCUCCGACAGUCAUCAGUGCUAAGGUAUGCAGAGAGUGAUCCCUAUCAGCAGCAGGAGCCUGCGCAUACGAUGUUGGACUUGGAUUUGGAUCACAAGAGUCGGAUGUACGCGUCAGAUUACAAGCCAAACAACAGCAGUUUGCUAGCAGCGUGCGAUUCCAGUGACGACGCUGAAGACGUGUACCGUAACUCGGAGACCGCAUCCCCUGAAUGUUCCUACGGCAGUGAUGUGAGCAAGUCCGGAGAUGAGGACGAUAAAAGGAAGCAAUUCAAACGGCCGCCCGGCCGGCCGAAAGGAAGCGGCAGGAAAAUCUGCAAGCGUCCAAGAAGCGUAUCAGUCCCGGAGUUCCUCAGAAACCUCCUCUUCGACCCAAAGUACUGCCCGUCGAUAAUCAAAUGGGAGGACCACGCCAACGGCAAGUUCAGGUUCGUCAAGCCCGACGAAGUAGCAAAACUGUGGGGCAAGAUGAAACAGAACGACGGCAUGACCUUCGAGAAGUUCAGCCGAGCCAUGCGGUACCAUUACCGGCAAUCGGUCCUAGUAUCGGUACCGACCGCCCGCCUGGUGUACCAGUUCGGUCCUAAAGGCCCGGACUUCAAGACGGACAACCCAAAUUUUAUCAAAGUGAAGUCCGAACUGGACAGUUACGAGAUGUACUCCUAGUUUAAGUAGUUAGGGUGUAGUAACGCUAGUUUAGUGAUAGGUUAUGAGGCUCGAACAUUAAACUUUUCACGAUAGUUGACUCCGAUUUAGAGAAAUUAAUAAAAAAAUAUUGACCUUUCGUUUGUAUGUGUUACAACUUUGUGCGUGGGUUCAAACUUCGGUCUGGCUAUAUAGAAUAAAAAAAAUCUUAAAAUAAAUGUAAAAAGCAAGUGCUAGAUUUUUUUACAAUAUCCUAUAUAUAAUCCGAUGAAAGAUUAAAUAAAUCGAUUUGAAUACGCGAUAUUUUAAAUCGCCAACAUUUCAAUGUGCCAAACGACACUAAACAAUUGACUUAGUGCUUGACACAGCCCAUUAUAGUUGCCACAUAGUUGUCACAAUUGCUCUUAAUUUUUAGCAAUAGAAGUAACAACUAAGUGUCCUUUUAAGAUCAAACUCUAGGACGUUUGCUUUAACUCUAAUUUAAUCUACCUUACGAGUAUGGUGGUAGAAGUACAAGUACACGUUUCAUUAUUGUUGAGUAUAAAAUUAGGUGCUUUACAAAUUAAAUUCCUAUCGUAUGCUAUCGAACGUAGCGACUGUGACCAGUCAUCCGUCCGCAUGACACAAUCUCCUAUCAAAAUGACUUCGAAUUUAUUAAGACGUAUUUUAAUAACACUUGUGUUACCCAUUGGAGUCUUCUAUCGUGUUAGGUGUUGAGGAGUGGAAGCCCGUUAGAUAGGUGUUUCAGCAUGUUAGGGUGUGUUAGGGACAGUUUCCGGUUUCGGUUUCAGGCCAGUAUGCGACACAACCUGUCAAUAACUCGUCCCAAUAUUACAUCGAGAUUCGUGAGGCCAGUUAUGGGCAGGCCCGGUUGUGGACACCCCUGGAGUGUGGUUUGACCCGUCAAUUAAUAGAACGCCCGACUUGUUAAAUGUCCAUAAUUAAUUUUUAAUCGUAAUUAAGUAUUUUUACGAACAAUUUUUAUUGAGCUUCGUACUCGAAGGUUGUUCAGAACGAAUUUUUGAUAAAGUAUUUUUGAUGUUUUGAUUGUUGUUAGCAUUUUAUGAUAGAGUUAAGCGCAGUUGAACAAGGAGCAUUCCAAUAUUAUUUAUACUUGUAAGAAUAAGUUACUAUGUAAGUCCGUUUCCAAUUUCAGUUCAAGUUGCCAUAAUUAGUUGUUAAGAAAAAAGUUGUACUUAAUUUUAUGUUUCAUCUAUUACAUAGUUGUUUUGCAUGGUCGAUUAGACUAUAAUGAGGGCUAACGCGUAUGAAUUCGCCGCUAGGGGCGCUAGUGUGGAUGGUGGUUUUCGCAAAGUUCGAAAUGUCAAAUGUCACUUGUCACUUCAAUGACUGACAGCUGUUCUUUAGUCUUUUGGACCACCAUCAACAGAGGCGCCAACUGGUGAGCAAAAAAAUAAUAGCCCUCAUUAAAAGUUACAUGUUUAUUUCAGUCGUUGUUAAGCUUCUUCUCAGUGUUAGAUAAGAUAUUGAAAUUAUUUGUAAUUGAAAAUCGCCGUUGUGCAAUAAGGAAAUUAUGACAAGUAUAAAAGAUCUGCUAGCCAAAGAUUAGUUUUGACAAAUUACUUAAUGUGUUUAAGAUUAACAAUAAAGUAUAUUUUUUUGACAAUUUUUAACAUUUUUUAGAGUUAGUUUUUCGACUCUCAGGCGAUUGCUGUGAUGUAAGAUAAAACUGAAUAAUUUCUUUGUAAAUAGUCUCUUUUCAUUUAAUGUCUCUUGACACCAUCAUUCUUGUUUAUUAACUCCUUCAGAUUUUCAUUUAUCUAACAAAUUAAAUUAUUUCAUUAGAGUUAAGUCUUUCUUGAAUUUAUUGAUGAAAUGACUGUGAAAUGACAACUGACAGUACAAAACUGUGUCUUUUCAAAAAGUUGUAUGUAUGUAUACUUAUCGUGAGAUGUCACAAACCUACGAAUAAAAAACCUAGUUUAAUAAAUCAAGUGUCGAAAACAAAUGAAUAGUGUUCCGUUUUAGUUGUCUAACGUUGAUGAAAAUGUAUAGUUGUAAUUGAAAUUAUAUAUUAUGUAUAUUGAUUUACUCAUAUUUGAGAAACUAGAUAAUUCCUAAUUUUUCUUGAACGACUGCAGUUUCUAUAGAAGUUUUUAAAUUAAUUAUACAACGAUUAAAGCCAAUUAGAUAACAUGAUUAAAAAAAGAAAUGAAAUAUUUUCUUUUAAAAGAAGGGUACUGUAAAAUAUUUUAAUAUAUAUACUUAGAUUUUUUCAAUUAAAUGUCAAAUUAAAUUGUUGAAUACCGAUUGACGUCAGUUACCAGUUAUUGCUCAAGUUAAACGUCAAUCGGUGUAUCGGUGUAAACCAUUACUAAUAAAAUACGUAAUAUUUGAAUUAUAAGAAUCAGAGUUAGUCACUUUCUAGUUUUCAUUACAAUAUGUGUACUUAUUUUAAUUUUAUAUUCAUUUUGGAUGCAUUUAAAUGGUAGACUAAGAAAAAAUGUUAUAUAGUGAUUAUAUGGUUCAAUUCUAAUGAUAUUGUUGCGAUUAUAGAUGUCACAUGUGAAAGAAAAAGUGACCAGGGCUGGGAUCGAACGUGGGCCUCCUGCAUUCGCGGCAUUAUUGCGUAGCUACACAAUACACACGAAUAUUUUUAACGAUUACUAAAACUUUUUAUAGCUGGUUAUUAUUAUUCCAUAACUUUUCAUAACAUUACAUAGUUUAUUUUUUAAUUAUAUGCCACAUAUUUUUCCCCAUGACUGUAAGUAAUAAAAUAAGGUAAAAGUUCCAUAAAAUAUUGUUAUAAAUACAUAUAAUGUGCCAAUACACAUAAGUAUAUAUCGCUUCACUAAAUAUUUUUGCCGCUUAAUCAUUUACAUUACAUUAUUUCAUUAUUUUAAAUUAUUAAUAUUUUUACCACCGGUAUAGGUACACGAAAUACAAUUCAUAGUUUUAAUAUAAAAUUAUUUAUACUUAGGCAUAAAGAUACUGGUUGACAAAAUGUUAUUGGUAAUUUUUUUUAAUGUCCAACAAAUUUGAAUAAUAAACAUUGAGAUUAUGUGAUUCUUUCGUCCAUUAAAAGUCAUCCAAAAUGAAUAGGUACCUACUUGAAAAUCACUAAAAUAUCGGAGACCUUACACGAAAUAGGUCUAUCUUUUGUGGUUUUUCUUUUUAUAAUAAUAGCGACUUAAUCAAUAUCAUUAUGAACAAGU